AUGUUGUGCUGGCAGCCUCUGCCUCACCAGCUUGUCACCUCGGACCGGGACAGAGAGACCUCGGCCAAGCUGGCCAAGCUCCCCUGGAGGACAUUGGCACGGCUGGCUGCAAAAGGCCUGCUCUGCCCCACACAGCUCCUGCCAGCACACGUGCUAAUCUUCCUUAACCUGACGUCUCAUACGUGGUUUUGGAAUACAAUUCAGAAUGAUUUCAUGAAUGGGAAUGUUGAUUUAGAGGGCUGCAGGAGGCUGCUUGAAAAAAUGCAAAUAAAAUUUGAUGAAGACCAUUUAAAACAUAUUUUCAAGAAAACUAUUGACAAACAGUCAGGAAAUAUUAUUAGCAUGGACGACUUCAGAGCAAUUUAUCGAGCUCUUGUACACAGGCCUGAAUUUGAAGAACUAUUCAAGGCUUACUCGACAGAUGGCAAAAUUCUACCUGACAGCCAGCUCCUUAAAUUUCUUAUAAAAGAACAAUUUCAAACUGAAGCUAAUGAAACAACUGCCUUAGAAAUUAUUAUGAAGUAUGAACCCAUUGAUGAAGUGAGGAAGAAAAGGCAGUUGUCAUUUGAAGGAUUUAUAAGAUACAUGAACUCAGACGAAUGUUCAAUAUUUAAAAGCCAGCACAAGACCGUCUAUCAAGAUAUGAACCAGCCAUUAUGUGACUAUUUUAUUUCAUCUUCUCACAACACCUACUUGAUAGCUGACCAGCUAAUGGGACCCAGUCACUUAUGGGGCUAUACCAGUGCUCUGUUAAAAGGAUGCCGUUGCCUGGAGAUUGACUGCUGGGAUGGCACCAACAAUGAACCUAUUGUGUAUCAUGGUCACACUUUAACAAGCAAAAUUCCAUUUCGCUCUGUAAUUCAUGUGAUUGACAAGUAUGCAUUUAUGUCAUCUGCCUAUCCAGUUAUACUGUCUCUGGAGAACCACUGCAGCCCUAAACAGCAGGAAGUAAUGGCAGACUGCUUGAAAAGUAUUCUAGGUGACAAACUUCUCACUACACCAAUUGGUGGUGCAGUAGAUAUGACUGAACUGCCUUCUCCUGAGGCAUUAAAAUUCAAAGUUCUGAUAAAAAAUAAAAAAGUUGGAACAAUUGAGGAAGGUCUGCUCAGGAUGGAUGCUGAAUAUGGUGGUGAGACAGAGGAACUGAGUGACUCUGAAUCUGAGUCUGAGGAUGACGACGCACAUGACACGUUACCUCUUCAGCCAUCAAGGAGUCCCACCAGAAGAAGAAGAGAUCAUAGACUUUCACCCCCACCUCAAAAAAAACCAAAGGUGAGAAAGGGAAAGAUUGCCCUUGCAUUGUCAGACCUUGUGGUUUAUACCAAAUCUCAGAAGUUUGUGAGCUUUGAGCAUUCCCUGCAGCAUCAGCAGUGUUAUGAAAAUAAUUCAAUUGGAGAGAGUGCAGCACGAAAACUUUUAAGAUCUUCAGCUAAAGAGUUUAUUUCACAUACUACAAGAUUUAUUACAAGAAUUUACCCCAAGGGAACAAGAAUGAGCUCGUCAAAUUAUAAUCCUCAGGAGUUCUGGAAUGUAGGGUGUCAGAUGGUGGCCUUAAACUUCCAAACACCGGGAACACAAAUGGAAUUGCAAGAUGGAAAAUUCCUGGACAAUGGUGGUUGUGGCUAUGUGCUGAAACCUGUAUUCUUGAGGGAUCGCAAUACCACAUUUACACCCCGAAAUGUGGGAGGAUACAGCAAACCAAUGUCUCUGUCAAUAAGGCUCAUCAGUGGCCAUCAGUUACCACGCAGCAGCAUGUCAAGGACCAACAAAGCUGACCCCAUGGUGCAGAUAGAAAUCUAUGGUGUGCCAGAGGACCAAACAAGAAAGAAAACUAGUAUUGCUUUGAGCCCUAAAUGGAAUGAAACAUUCUCUUUUAACAUCCAAGUUCCAGAACUGGCAAUGAUACGCUUCUGCGUUCAGGAUGAGAUUUCUCUGUGUAACAACGAAUUCCUUGGCCAGUACACUUUACCUGUGAUGAGCCUGAAUACAGGUUACCGUAACAUUCCGUUGAUAUCCAAAGAAGGCACCAAGCUGGAACCUGCAUCACUCUUUAUUCAUGUUUCAUAUUCGUUCAGGUUACUGAAUGAUAUUCCAGAUAUUCCAUCUUAUACGGCAGCAACUCGAGAUCAGAGACAAUCUAUUAACCAGGCUCAGUCAUCAACACCAGCCAGUGCUGAACGACAUCUGGUUACCCCGCAUGAUGAUGAACCGACCCUCCGAGGUCUGGUAACCCGACGUGAUGUGCAGCCAACCCCUGAGGUCAGAAAGCAACCGACGUGA